UGGACUACCUAGGCCCAGAGCCAUGCCAGGGCCUCGGAGGACAUGAUCUUUUUUUUUUUUGAGAACAUGCGAAAAUCAAUGCGCGCGCAGAUGUCAUCCAUAAAGUUAAAACUGGUGGGUCAUGUGAGGUAAAUACCGAAUAGCCUCCUAUACGGACAACAAGACGUGGUGACAUCGUGUCGGACUGAAGCAAGGGGGAAUCCUGAAAACCAUGUUGAAACUUCCUUGGACUAAAGUGAUCUGAACUGUCACCCAACCAUGCAUGAAAUGACGUCUGGAUUGACUAGAUUGAUCAUUGCUGAGCUAGGGUCAGUAACCUCUUUGACUAGUGUUUCCCCGCGGCCACAAAGCCUACGCCACGGAGCAGACCAUAGAAAAUGAAGCUCGUCCGACGACUGUGCUGAAAAAGAACAUUAUCCGGGCAGAAGUACGACAGGUGUCCACCUCUCGACCACUGAGCGAUUUUUUAAAACAUCGGCCAGUGCUCGCAGUCUACAGUUACCGUACAGUACACCAAACUGGUGUACACGUACGAUAGGACACAUUUUUGGUGUAAAAUACGCUGGACUCCUUGGCAAGUUUUUGAUCUGUAUUCUCUUGACGAUAAAAAAAUACGGCCGGUGGUGGUUGACAUACAGUGUGUCUCCGGCUUUGUGUAUUGACACAACUCGGGAUGUCAGGUCGCGAUUUCAAAUCCAGGCUCCUUCUAGCCAUAAUUGUGUUGGCUGCCAACCAGACGGUACUGGUUUUCGUCCUCAUGCCCGGCCGUGCUUCAGACCCUGGCUGUGAUAAGCAGGACGACUUUCGCGCUGUCAUGGAGAACAUUAAAGAUCGUGGGGUCCGAGAUCUCAGAGAAGAGUUCGAAGGACCUAUCGAUAUCUCAAGUAUCCGUGAUGAGGACACACCGAGUGCUGACAGGGAAGUUCAACGGCCACAAGAGAAGGCAAACUAUCCAGGGAAGGAAUUUGAAGAAGACGACGAAGAAGAGGAGGAGGAGGAAGAAGAAGAAACUUUCAUUGUCGAACAAGAAGAUAUGAAUCUCGAUGAGGUGCAGCAAAAGCCACAGCUCUCACCGCCCGAACUGUCACAAGGUCCCGGACUGGACUGGACUGGCUUCAACCGGACGGAAAUUGAAAACUUCAGAAAAAUGGUGCUGAACAAGACGAGAGUGGUGACGCACCUGUACACCUGCCAGAAGAACGUGCCUGUACACUCCCACCUGAGAUUCUUCCAGUCCAACCUCACGGUCAAGAUCAUGAGAGGGACGUACAAGUAUUUCCCUCGGAAUGUUCAGUUUCCCGUCAAACCAUACCAGACUUGUAGCGUGGUUGGGAACGGUGGGGUUCUGACAGGGAGUGGCUGUGGGAACGAGAUCGACUCUGCAGAUCACGUGUUCAGACUGAACUUACCACCAAUCCAGGGAAGCUUUACUCAGGAUGUGGGGAAUAAGACCAACUUUGUCACACUGAACCCCUCGGUCCUGCAAGAUGGAUAUGGUCUACUCCUGGAAAAGGAAAACAUCAGUGCUUUUAUGCAGGCAGUGGACACGUAUCCCGCCAACACUGUGAUAUACACCCAUCCAUUCGACCAGAAACGGUACAGAAAACCGGUGUACCGCGCACACCAAGCCAUGAGAAACUCAGAAAAGGUGAUGCGAUGGUCUCAUCCGGAGUUUCUACGCGCGACAGACAGUUUCUGGAAGAAGGCGUUCCACCUUACGGAGGCGCGAAUCACCUCAGGUCUCCUGGUGACAACCAUCGCCCUCUCCAUGUGUGCGGAGACCAACCUGUAUGGCUUCUGGCCCUACAGAACAGCCUCAGACGGCAGGGUUCUAGCCUAUCACUACUUUGACCGACCCAUCUCCAGUAGACAGAAACUCAUCUUUGAUGAAGAACAGAUGUUCAUACAGGGUGUCUUGAAAAACAGACGUCACAACAUGGGGGAUGAGUUCUCAGUGCUGAGGCACCUGCAUAAGAAGGGUGUUUUACGUCUACAUGUGGAGAAGUGUGAAGAAAGAUCUUGAAGAAAAUACAAUUUAGGAUUGCAAUUGCUGCUUCUAUGUCAAACUCAGCUUGUAUAUGCAUAGAAGAAUAUACAAUGUAUGAAUAUAGGUGUACAAAUAUAUAUAGAUACCGUCUAUUUCCCUGUAAAAUGGCUGUGUGGCACAACGGCAGCGUGCGCGACUCGGAGCCAAGAGGUCCCGGGUUCGAGUCCUGACAUGCCACCGAUCAUGUGCCCUUAUGAAAGGCACUUUA